AUCUCAACGACAAGGUAUUGUUAUAAACGUCUGUGUACUGAGAUACACGUCAGCAAAUCAAGGUCUGCCGAUUUUCUAUAUAUCCUUUGUCUUUGGAUGCAGUUGGAUCUCGUUUUAUUCAUCCUUCCAGAGCCGGCACGAUGUAUCGAGGCUCGCCACCAAUUUUCGACGUGCCAGAGUUCCCACCUUUAAGGAGGCUCAAACCUUUACCUAAACGCAGGCGCACCAUCGACGUGGCCUUGCAGGUGACAAACGGUGCUGCAUCCGUCGUUCCCAACAUGCUUGGUGCUGAGGGCAUUGCAGAGGAGCUGAUUGCGCACGCGGAUUCCUUGUCCUCCCAAAUGGCACUUCAGUCUUACUACAUGCCCAUGUUGGGUGGGGCACAUAAUCUCCUCAGUAACGAGGGGGAAAAUCGGGCAACUGAUGCCAUCGAUUUUGGGGCAGGAUAUCAGCUUGCUGACGAGCGAACUGGGAGGGAGGAAGACGAUCGAGGAGAAGGGGACUACGUUGAUCAUUUACAACAGCCAGGAAACACAAAGAAAAGGAAGGUUCCAGCUAAUGCAUCAGCUUCGCUGCAAGGCCAUGACAUUGGCUUGGAUCAUUUGGGUAGUGAAGAGGAGCCUUUUUUGGGUGCAGGUGUGUUGACCAGCGGUCGGCCAGAUCAAAAUGUCACCGAUAAUGCGGUUGUUGCGCCUCUACCUGGCAUACUUCCCCAGAGGAGAGGCAAGAUGACUGCAUCUACCCUGGCUGGAUUGCAACAUAAAGAGAUGCUGAAGUAUCGGAAAAGACAGCUUGCCGCUGUGCUGGGUGCGUUGUCACAUGGUGAUACGUUGGCUCUCGAUCAAGCACUGUCGUCUCAUUAUCCAUUCACCAUCACAAACAUUGGGUUUGCUGCCGACACCAAUAACCCCGAUCCACCACGAAUUCGGUUAUCACGUCGUCGAGGCCCUCGUUUUUCCCGUGCUGCUAGGAUUCGUCUCAGUGACUCCAGCAAUGGCGUGCGCAAUGUCAGCAGAGUUGCAUCUCCCACCUGCCAGUUUGCUUUCGUUUGUCGUAGUGCGACUUCUGACCGCUUGCUUGCUACUAAAGAGGAAGUUGCAACAUUGCGCUCCCGUUUUGAAGCAGAACUUGCCCGCCAAGCUGCCAAGGCGGCAAAGGCUGCUUCAGAGGCCAAAAAGGCGGCUCUGACUGCCAGCAAAGGAACACGAUCAAAGCGGUCAGAUAAGGGACGGCAGCAUAGUCGUAAUGACAACCUGCAGGUAGGCGACCAAACGCCUGACUCUUUGGAGACCUCUUUGUCCGGCUUAUCUGGCCGUGGGAGCAAGAAGAAAAAGCGGUCUGCUCUUGCCAUCGCCUCCAAUCCUCAUCACCGCAAGAAUUACGUUCCUUCUCGUCUUCCUCUCACUGGCCAAGCGAAUGCUGCUCAAGCGACGUUGAAUGCUCAGAAUUCGUUGGGACCGUUUCCACUCCGUUUCCUGUCGGCAGAGAUACCGCCUCGUCGACGGAAAAAAUCGACUGCGAUGACACCUACUUCUCAGAUUGUCAACCCCGCAGAUGAAUGGAUAUGUCCGUUUUGUGAAUACAAACUCUUCUAUGGAGACGGUCCAGAGUAUCGUCGUUCUAUCCGAACGCGCAAGCAGAUUCUCCGUAGGCGCCGGAGGGCCCAAGAGAGAGCUGCAGGGGGGCUUAGUGCACCAAAGCCCACUGAAAGGGCAACGUUGGAACAGGAAGAGUAUGAUGCUGGAUUUGCACCGUCUCCCACAGACUUUUCUUCUUCUCUUUCUAAUAAAGCCGGAGUGAAGGAAGGACCAGACAUAGGGAAGGCGAAAGGGCCUGUGCAUCCGCAAUCUUCGUUUGGAUAAAAUCUUAUAUUACGCUGGACAGAGCGAUGUUGGUUCAUUCAUUCACUAUCUACGUUUCCCAGUGCUUUUCAUGUACACUCGUUGAAUAUAUAUCUGUGGACGGAUAUCUGAUGCGGCU